GUUGUUGUUAAACAAUUUAUUUUAAAUUAAAAAUGUUUAAGUUUAAUUUAUAUUGUAUUUUAAUUUGUAUAUUUCAAUUAAUUUUAUCAAUUGAAAAUCAACAUCAACAUAUACCACAGCUUCAAGUCACUGUUUAUUAUGAAAGUUUGUGCCCAGACAGUGUACAAUUUAUUCGAAAUCAACUAUAUCCAACGUGGAAAGAAUUAGGACAAUAUUUACAAAUAAAUUUCAUUCCAUUUGGAAAAUCGUCGAGUGUCAACGGUGGCCAAAAAUUUGUUUGUCAACAUGGUGAAAAAGAAUGCGUUGGGAAUAAACUACAAUCAUGUACAUUAAAUCAAUUAGAGGGACAUAAUGAUUUGCAAGUUGAAUUUGUACAUUGUUUUAUGACACCUGGCCCCAAAGCAAAAGAUUGUGCUUCUCUUGUCGGAGCCAAUUGGGAUGCAGUUAAACAAUGUCACAAUUCAAACCUUGGUAUAGAGUUACAAUUAGAAGCUGAAAAAUUAACGAAUCAAAUACGACCACAAUUUAUACCUACAGUAGUUAUAAAUGGCGUAUUUGAUCAAAACCAUCAAGAUAUGGCACAAUACAAUUUUAAAGGCAUUGUCUGUAAUCAUAUACCCGGCGCUUGCUAAAUAUUUCAAUAAGUUUAGAAGAAGAUUGAAUGAAAAACGGAUUAUGUAUAUGUUGGAUGAAUCAGUCAUACCUAGACAAAAUUUGUAAUUAUCGAGAGAGCCUAUUUAGCUGAUACGUUUGUGUUUAGCUGAUAUAACGUGACGUUAAAGCUCAACGAUCAACUGAUAAAAAAUGUUGUACCCUAAUUUCUUAAUCAUGAUUGUAAAUAAGCUCAUUAAUUCAUCCAACUUUUAAUCAAUUUUCACUCUUUCUGAACGCAGUAUUAGACUAGUUGGUGACACGUUUUAGGUAUAGAGCUAAAUCCGAAAGAUAUAUUAAAAUACAAUAUUUUUUUAGCGUCAUGCCGCGUAAAGAAAUUCUAAUAUCAUUCAAAAAUGUUAUUACGUUAUACGUUAUUUAUUUUAUUAUCUAUUGACUUCAUCAAAAAUACAGAAGUUCCCGAUCUCAAAUACAGUUUUACUGAGUUACCUAAAAACAUAAAGUAAACAAAAUAAAAACGUUCAACUAAUAUUGCGGUGAAGAAAUUAUAUAUGUUUUUAGUUUACCACUUUUUCGUCUUGUCGACUAGUCUUACAUGGAAUUUUAAAAAAUAUAUUAAUUCAGUCAAAUUAAACAUGAAAAAGGCGUGAACGUCAAAUCAAAUAUUUAAAUUAUUAAAAGUUGUUUGUAAUGUAAAGGUAAUGUUAAAUCAAAGUUUUCAACCUCGGCAGAUGACCGGGUUAUUCUCAAAAAUAAAAAAUGUUAACCUUAUUAUCAGUUUUUGUUGAUUUUGACCCGGAAGGAAUGGUUUAUCAUAAAAAAUUUGUCAAUUCAUUUUUAAAGUAGAUUACAUUUACAACAAUUUGAGACAAAAACGCUUUUAUAGGAGCGAUAGUUAAGUUACAGGAUUACUCAUACACAGAUAACAUGCGAGACGAAGAUGAAAUAAACGAUGAAUUACCGGAGCUCAUCUGGAUAUUCUUGAAAACCAUCCUGACAGUCAUCUUGAAUCAACCAGGUUCAUCAGGCAGGCAAAGAUGGAUUAAAAUAAAUACAUCUUCAAAACUGAUGUCAGUAUAUUUAUUUCUUUAAAUAUAAUUUAACAAUUUCAUCAUUUUCAAUAUUAUUCAAGUUUCUGAAGACCUAGCAUUUCCUUGGAAACCCUCCACCUUCCUAUCAAGGGACUCCAAAGUGACCUAUCUCAACAAAGAUCGCCAACUGAGGGGAAGGCAGAAGGUUUUCAAAGAAAUGCUAGGUCUUCAGAAACUUGAAAAGUAUUGAAAAUGAAGAAAUUUUGCUAAAGAUCCGAUCGUCUGCCGAGGUCGAAAACUUAACAUUGCCUUCACAUUACAAACAUCAUAUAAAAAAAAACCUGAUUUAUAUUGCACAUGUAUUAUAUGUUUCCUCAAAUUUUGUUAUACAGUAAUUUUAAUGGUUUCGAAUCAAAACAAUUUGCAUCGAAACCAUUUUGAAAAUUUUUAUAUUUAUUA